UACACCGAAGUUCCCAAGACUGCCAUUCACCUUGUCGGUACCAACGACUGGCAAGCUGACUUGGCGAAGAACGGCUAUGCUGUUGUGAAGGGAGCUGUUCCAAAGGAACGCGCUGAAGACUACGCGAACCGUAUGCACCAAUACUUGGAGNAACUUUCAGAGCACCUUCCUGAGAUCAACAACAAGGGCAUGUGCCUCGACUACGCCGUCACCCACGAAGACUUUGUUUGGGAGAUUCGCUCGGAGCCUGGUGUUCUGGACGUCUUCGAGACUGUUCUCAACACUCAAGAUUUGAUCGUGUCGUUCGACGCAGUAAACUUUGGUCUCGCUGGUAGAACGGAUUUGCCUCCAAACAAGCCCUGGCCUCACCAAGAUCAGGAUCCUACAAAGAGUGGAUUUAGAUGUCUGCAGGGCUUGGUCAACCUCUUGCCCAAUGGUCCGAAUGACGGUGGCUUGAUUGUUUGUUCGGGAGCGCAUCUGCUGAGCGAGAAGUUCCACAAGGAAAUGCGAUGGUAUAUUACCGAACAAGGAAAGAACAUCCCUGCCUGGAAUCCAGAAUGGUACGGCUUCACAAACGAGGGCAUGAAGUGGCUGGAGAAGGAAGGCUGUACUUGGACCAAAGUCUGUGCCGAACCCGGCGACCUCCUCCUCUGGGACUCGCGCACCNCCCACUACAACCUGUCUUCCACAACCGAUCAGAGUAGAUUCUGCGUCUACACGUGCUACAUGCCUGUCACAGAAGCGACAGAAGAGGAGUUGGCGAGGAAGAAGGUCGCCUUUGAGGGCUGGUUUGGUACCACCCAUUUGAUGGGACGUAACAAAGCGACAAGAAAUGGUGAGCCGGAUCCUCACAAUCGAACUGAGCCGGUCAAGAAGCCAAAGUUGUCGGAGCGUGUCUACAAGUUGACGGGUAUCCCCUACAUCAAAGCAGGA